GACAGACAGAUAUUGAUUGAUUCCCCCAUCUCUUCCAGACCCGCCCCUUCAACUUUCUGUUUCAAUUCACCCUCGCGCGCACACGCACAACACACGCAGACACACUGCGCUCAGCAGGGCUGGCACGGACUGUCGGCCGUCUUUACGCGUGACGCGUGAAACAAUGCGGACUAUCUGCUGGUGACUUGUGGAGAAUGUUUUCUUGCCGCACAGCGAUAAAGAGCUCGGCGCCUACAGUCCCGGUUGUGACCGUGAAGGCUGCUAUAUUACCCUCCACCUGAGCCUCUGAACUUUCAGGAGAAGCACGAACUUCGGGGAAACUCGGCCCCAGUGCGGGACGCGGUGAGAAUCAGUGAGUCCAACAAGUGUCUGCGGACUGCAGGACAUGAAAGCCUAAAGAAGUUACUGCAGGAAAAGUUGGCUCUGAAAACUAUUUAUUCUUCCAUCCUGGGGCUUUUUGAAUUGAAUCAUCCGGUCUUAAAAGUCACCGCAGAGUGAAUUAUUAACUUUUUUUUUACUUUUUUUUUUUUUCUUUUUUACCGUGACUAUGUAUGGACCGCUGCUUCUCCAGAUGUCGAUGGUUUUAUUUUUAGGGACCGUCAGUGAAGUGGCGGUGGCUCAGGUCUCCUCAGCCAGAGUGAUGAGAGGAAACUUCAGGCGAGACGAUAUGUACCGCAAAGAGGAAAACAUCACGGUAACACCACUGGGCGGAGUCAUCCUGAGCCCACGCUACCCCAACUAUUACCCCCGCAACCUGCUGUUGUCAUGGAAACUGCUGUCACCACCAGGAAGCCGCAUUCACCUGGAGUUUGACGGACACUUCGGCCUGGAGGAGGCUGAUAAUGGCGUGUGCAGGUAUGACUUUGUUGAAGUGGAGGACCAAUCAGAGACAAGCACCAUCAUUUGGGGUCGAUGGUGCGGGCAGAAAUCGCCUCCCAGCCUCAACUCCAAAAGCAACGCACUUAGAGUCAUCUUCAAGUCUGAUGAUUACUUUGUGGCAAAGCCAGGAUUCAAAAUCUACUACACACUUCUGGUUGAUGCCCCGCUGCCUGCAGCCAAAAACAACUGGGAAGCCGUCACCGCACUCAUGUCGGACAGCAUUGGAGGGCAGAUGCAGGCCCCCGUCACGGCAGUUCCUUUAUCGCUGGAUGAUCUGGACCAGACCAUCGCUGCUUUUGACACUGUGGAGCAGCUCCUGAGAUCCUUCAACCCAGACACGUGGAGACAGGAGCUGGACAGCAUCUACACUCAAACACACUUACAUUACAUAUCCAGGGCCUACCACCUGGCCAGCAGGCACAACAAAGUCGACCUGGACCGACUCUACGAUGACGUCAAGCGGUACAGCUGCACUCCCCGCAACUACUCCGUCAACCUGCGAGAGGAGCUGAGGACAACCAACACCGUCUUUUUCCCUCGAUGUCUGCUGGUCAAACGCUGCGGAGGGAACUGCGGCUGUGGAACCGAUAAUUGGAACAAUGGCUGCACGUGUCAGGCCUCGAAGACGGUGACGAAAUUACACGAGGUGCUCAAGUACGCCCCGGAGGUCGCCGCGCAUCGCUACCAUCGCAAGCCGCGGGUGCGUUGGGUCAUAGACGAGAUAUUCCUCGUGCACCACGAAACGUGCGAGUGCUCGUGUCCAUCUCAGCCUCCCCGCUGAAACACCCCAGAGCUUCAGGGGCAUCUGGAACUGUGGGGUUCCUAUUUUGCAGAAAAGACUUCCUAAUAUAACAGCAUGGCAGAGACGUUACCAAAAAAAAAAAAGCAGCUCAGAAAGAGUCAUCCUAAUUUCUGCAAAGACCGACUUCAUAAAUGGCUUUUCCCAACUCGGACUUUCUUCAUAAUCAAAUAAACACCAUAUGUUCACUUUACUACUAGGAAUUCACUCUGGACAAACAUUUGUUUCUCCAAAAAUAGACAUCCACUUGCAUUAAAAGUGCUUAAAGCGCUGCACUCUGUAUGCCGACAAAAUGAUGAUUAACAACAGUCGAAAUGGAACUACAUGUGUGUAUUUGUGUCUGCAAGUAUGACUGUACUUUAACGCGGCGGUCCCCGACCCCUAUUGGCGCCACGGACCGGUGUUUUCUGAAUAUAAUAAUACACGUUAAGCCAAUAACACACAUGCAUAUGAUUCUAUGUUAAAAAAAUUAUGUAAGUUAUGCAUUUUUUUCUGUGCGACCCGGUACCAAUCGAUCCCUGGACCAGUGCCGGUCCACGGCCCCGGGGGUUGGGAACCACUGCUUUGAUACACAAGCAAAGAGAUUGAAGACACUGCAAACCAAAUAUCACCUUGCACUAGUGGCUCCUAACAUUGUCCAGCAGCGCCACCAUCCCCCCCCCCCCCCGUCGACAAUUCACGGCUUCUGCUUCAAUGCUUCACUGAACUGUAUUUAAAACAUAACAAGAACAACUGUUCUCCUUGAUACAAAAAAAAAAAAAACACUGCCAACCAGUGAAGUUUCUUAAUGUGACAUAAAUCAAGAAAAAAAAUGAAAUGGAAAUGAAGUAGCUUGUUGACCCCCCCUGUAUUAGUUUGUGCCCCCUGGAAGGACCCGCCCCCCCAUUUUGGGAACCACCGCCAUCUAAGGAAUGGACCUUGCCGCAUCACAACUGCAACAGCUCUGUGCCCACUAGGAUUCCAGUACUACGUAUUGUCCAAAAACUGUAGUAAUUUAUACGCAUUUGUCGUGUUUCGGCUCGUAAAGAGCUCUUUAAUUUUGACAACAUUCCCAAAUUCCGGAAUACCUUCCAGAUUCAUUCACCCAUUCCUUUUUGCCUCUCUCCUCCUCACUGACCCCGUCUCUGACGCCCGCACGAUCUCCCCCCAUCUUUCACCACCCUCACUUUGCAAACGUCCGAGGACCGAUCAUUUACCUCGAUGCAGUUCAACUGCAAUAGCUCCGUCCCCCCUGAGGGGGCCCCACCCUCCGCUUUGAGAACCACUGCCUUACAGCUAUACAACAAACAGGUCUAAUUCAGGCGAUAUGAACUAAGCUGCACGGCAACACUAUGACUCAGGGGUUUCCAUCACUCCCAACGGUGCAAAAACUGUCGUCAUUUAGUUUCAUUUAUUUGAUGGUUUUUUUUGCCAACAUUCCCGCAUGGAAACCUGGGAAUAUUUUCACGCUUCCAUUGUCAUUCCAGUUUCAU